AUGACGGAAUCUCCCAUAUUCCAUCAAUGUGAGCAGUGCGCACAGAACUGCGUAUCUCCCCCCCAGCAGAAGUGGGGCCACACCCACCGCUUUCCACUGAGGGCGGAGUCUCGGGGUGCCUCCACGCUAUUGGUCUCCUGGCGAGGGAGCCCCCAUGUCCCCCCCGACCCCGUGCACAGAGUGGCGCUGUACCGGCCGGACCUGGAUGGCCUGGCGGUCCUGUGCAAUGAGACCACGCGCAGGUGGCACUACCGAUUCGCUGGCCUGGACGGCUGCCGGAGCUACGUGGCGUGUGUGGAGAUGGCGCUCGGCCCCGCGGUCCUGUGCCUCACCGCGCUGACCGAUCCUGACGUGCCCAGGAACUUCAGGGUGACCGCUUGGGACAGCAACAGCGUGACCGUGGGAUGGGACUGCCCCCCGAGUGACCCCGCCUCGGGCCUCACCGCCUUCCUGCUCACGGUCUUCCACGUGGACGGCUCUGGCCACGUCCUGGAGGAGAGGAGCUUCAGACACACGCUGGGCAGCCCGGUGUUCACCGUGGGCAGCUUGCCUCCCUGUAGCAGGGUGCAGCUGGGGCUUCAGGUGGUGUGCCAGUCUACGGGCCAGUCUGUGGGCCAGUCUGUGGGCCAGUCCCGCCUCAGCAGGAUGGUCCUCAGCGAUGGAAACUCUGCAAACUCUGAAAUCAUAAACCUACACCAGUCCUCCUUUGGCUCCCACAACUAUACGGUGAGCUGGUCUGUGCAGAACAUCUCCUCCAUCUCCAGCUUUAAGGUGUACCACCAGGGGGAGCUCCAGAGCUCCACGCUCCUCACCUGGCACACAGUGACAGGCCUGCUUCCCUGCCACCAGUACAGCUGCAGGGUGGAAGCCCUGUGUGGGGACAGCACGGUCAUGAGCGUUAGCACCAUCCAGACAAAAACAGGCCCUGGUGAAGUGUUGGAUCUCCGAUUUAGACAGAAGGACUCGAUAGCCCUGUGGAGCGGCAGGUCUGGGGUGGGCGUGGCCUUCUUGUACCGCCUCUCUGAGAGGGGCGGCCCGAGCGUCCGGAAGGGGAGGCUGGCAGGCCCCCCCCUGCCUCUGCCAGGCCUGAAGCCUGGCUCCCCGUAUGACCUGGAGGUGGUGCCAGAGUGCGAGGGUGGCGAGCGUGGAGCUCCAGCUGUGCUCUACUUCAUCCCAGAGGAAGUCCCUGGCAGUGCCCCCAACGAUGCCCCUGGAGACAUCCUGCUACCCAGAGUUGUUGACUCUGCAGACCAAACAACAGAUCGCCUCGGACUGCAGGUUCACCUCCCCAGCCAUGAAAUGUUCCUUGUUGUGCCAUGGACAAUGCCGCCAUCGCUGGAGGAUCCGAGGGCAGAAGCUCGAGUCCUGCUGGAGGGCAUUAUUAAAAGCAAGGAUGGGGUAGUGAUCCUCCGCCCUGAGGAGCAGCUGCAGCAUAUUAUCUCUCUCGGCCACGCCCACAUCACCGUCACAGACGACAGCAUCUACUGGGACGAGAAGGGGAUGUUCACGCUAUGCCUGAAGGACCAUGUAUCUGGGGGCAUCUCCAAGCCUUUCCUCAUCCACUACUUUGGCGGGAAUGUGACUGUUGUCCUCAAUGAUGGUCGCUGCUCCAUCAACGAGACGGACAAGUUUUAUUAUUACAGGAUAACUGGCGCCCCCUCCCAGUGUGGAGGCCAAACGCUUAUUAACAGGACGCAUGUGGAGUUGAGGAACGCGCUGACUGUGACGCUCAGCAGCGGGAGAUCCAUCACACGGAGGGACCUGAAGGUGCUGUGGACCUGUGCCUACUCGCUGCUCCAGACCAGCACAGCCCGCAUGAAGCCUGGUCUGGACUGGGUUACCUCUCACAGUGUGGUGCAGGUGAAUUCGUCCCGCCUCCUGGAGAUCAGCAUGGCCUUGUACAGUGACUCAUCUUACGCAUACAACUACACUGGCCCUGUGGAGCUCCCUUCUGCAGAGCAGCUGUACAUCCAGGUGACCCUGCACUGUGAAGACAGCCUGGCCUACAACAUGAGCCUACAGCUGGAGUCCUGCUGGGCCACACAGACCGCAGACCCACAAGAGGAGAAGAAGGCUUUUUUCCUGAAGGGGGGCUGCCCAAACGACAGAACCUUCCGCUGGUACCUCCAGAGCAGUUCCCCUCAAAGGAAGAGGUUCUCCAUUCAGAUGUUCACCAUGUCUGACCACUCCCACAUCUACCUUCACUGCCUGAGCAGAAUAUGCAGCCAAGAUGAGAACUGCACAACGGUAACUCCCCACCACUGCAAACUGUACACAAUGAACUGCUCUCCCAGGCAAAACCAAAAGGUGAGAAGAGAUCUACCGGACAAACUCACAGCUAUUCUUUCAGCAGGACCCAUCUCUGCAGCAAAGAGGAAACUGUCAAACUGGCCUGGAGCCCAGAUCAUGCUAUCAGUGGCUGGAGGAUUGAUUGGCCUCUUUUUUCUAACAGCACUGGGUGUGCGUGCAGCACAUGCUAUAACACAGCGCAACCCCAGACAUCAAUAAAGUGUGUAUACCUGCA